AUGGCCGACAACAUCUUUGUCGAUGCCCGAAAGGGCUCUUUGACUUCCACCAAGCUAGAAGCCUAUCUUGCCAGCGGCGUUGACAUCAAUGCUCAAGACCCCAAGACUGGCUUCACGCCUCUUGGAAUGGCAGCUAAGUACGGACGUCUCUCAAUCGUCAAUCUCCUUCUCGACAAAAAUGCCUCUCCCAGAGCCAUGAGCAAGCCCGGUAUGACUCCACUGUACAUCGCCGCCAACGGCAACGGCGACAGAGUCAAUAUUGUGAGGAAACUUCUUGAAAAGGGUGCUCAGGUUGAUGAGACCAGCGCUGAAGUUGACAAUGAUACACCACUCAUGGUGGCCAUUACACACGCUAGAGAUCCUGUUGUUGUGAACAUGCUCAUCGAUGCUGGGGCUUCACUUCAGGCCAAGAAUUCUAAGAAUGAGACGGCAAAGGAACUCGCUGAGCAGUCAGGCAAUCCUGCUAUUCAGCGUGCUGUUUCACCACCUGGGCAGCAGAUGGCAGGUCUCCCUGAACUCAUCAAUGCUUUAGUGAACUUUGUCCUGUUCAUCUUGGCGUAUGUGAACAGUGGUGUCAUCAAUGGUGUCGUCAAGGGCGUUGUUUCCAACUUGUACCAUAUUGGACAACCUCCGCCCGACCAGACUUUGGCUCAGGAAUUGGAUAAUCCUACCACCAUAGACGAUUUCCAAAAGGGAGUCGAGAAGUAUGUCCAGGAUUCUGAUCUUGGACAAUUCUUCGCGCCUGGCAAUGAUUACCUACAAAAGGUUGCCGAAAAGGCAAUUGAGCUGAAGGAUGACCCAAGGAAUCACCUCAAAGAACCUGAGCAGAUGAAGGGUCUCGUGAAGCUUGCCCUGUAUCAGCCCAUCUUCUACUGCGAUGACAGCGGCUCGAUGCAAGCCAACAUACUCGACCCCAAUGGCAAUGUCGUCAGUACAAGAAUGGAAGCUAUGAGAAGUCUAGUCCAACGCAUGUCCAGCAUCGCAACACGUCUUGUCCCCGAUGGCUCAGGCGCUCAUCUUCGAUUUAUCAACAGUGAUUAUCAAGGUGACGAUCUCACUGCUGAUCAGAUUGAUUCUCAUAUGCAGUUCCAACCAAUGGGUGGUACCAACAUCGGCACGAAUCUAAAGAAGAAGGUCUUGGAACCGUUGGUCUUCAGGAAACUUGACAAGGAUGGCAAGUUAGACAGACCAUUCCUUGUUCUCACCAUCACAGAUGGCGAGCCUAGUCCUGAGCCUGUCGAUACUUUCAAGAAGACGAUUGAGGAAUGUGGCCGACGAUUAGAUCAGAAGGACUAUCCCCAGGAGUCUACCAUGUUCCUCAUCAGCCAAGUUGGCAAUGAUCCACAUGCUGAUAAGUUCCUUGACUCACUCUCGGGUGACACUGCAAUCGACCGUGUUCUAUUCCGCAGCUCUGAGCGCCUACAUGAGAAGUAUGCUGAGCUUCGGGACAAUGAGGGCGAGCUCGAAGAAUGGCUUUUUAAUAUCUUGAUGCAACCGAUUACUGGUUAA